AUGUCCGAAUUUGGCAGCAGAAGCAGCAAUAGAAUCAUGGAAUCCCUGGGCUAUGCGCUGUACUUGCAUUGCCAGGAGCUGAGGCGCCCGAAGCGCUGCCGUCGCUUGAUGCGCGUGGCCAGCACCAAGCUGCAGCUGACCAAUGAAUUAAUUUGGCAGCAGCGUUGCCAAUGGCAGCUGGCGGCGCCCAGCUAUCAGCAGCGCAGUGCACUAAAUCGUGAACGCCAGUACCGUGAUAUACUUGAGAGCAACAUGCAACGGCAACAGUUGAAGCAGCAGCAACAGAAGCAGCAAAAGCUACAGCAUGCAACACACACCAAGCUCAAACAGCAUCCAGUUUAA